AACUGUUCUCUUUAUAAUUAACAUUGCCUUAUAACACUAUCGCAUCACAUUUAUGUUUGCAUUUUAUUUCGAAAAUAUAUUUUUAUACAAUUCACAUUCAUUAAAAUGCUAUUAACCAUCCACAACUUACCGGGCAACGCUCGCUAUUGUGAUGUAAAGGCACUUAUCAAUGAGAAGUGUAAUCUGACAGAUGUAAUAUUGGAUAAACUCACACCAGAGGGAAAGUGUAAGAAAAUAACAGUUGGUGUGUCUAGUGACUAUGAUGCCAACAUUUUGUAUUCCAAGUUGAAUGGCUUGUAUGUGGAAGGACUUCAGUUGUAUGUUAAAAAUAUAGGACAAAAUAAGAUGGACUCUAAUGGUCAACAAUUCAACAAAAAGUCAUUCAUGAAUUAUGAUCAAAACAACCAGACUCAAUACAAUAGUCAACAAAAUAAUGAUAAGCAGUAUUGGUCCAGUAACCAGAUGGAAUCUUAUCAGAACACUAAUCAAAACAAUCAGACAGUUCUGAACACUUAUCAAAGCAUUCAGGCGGGUCUGAACAAUCUGGCCGGUAUAAAGACUUAUCAAAUGAACCAGGCUGGUCUGAACGCUUAUCCACCAAACCAGCCAGGACUGAACACUUAUCAAAACAACCAGCUGGGUUUAAACCCUUAUGCUGCCAAAACAAUGUCUAUGGGUUAUAAUGUCCCACCGAAUAUGCAGGCUCCAAAUGCAAACAAUUAUAUGGGUUACAAUACGCAACAGCAGCAAGCGAUUCCUCCGCUAAUCCAGUAUCCAGUUCCCGGUUCGCGGGCCGCUUCGAAUAGCUAUAAGUUUAAUAGAAAUGACGAUAAUACGAGAUCUAACACGGAUAAAUCGUACACGAAUCGUAAUUCUGCUUGGGAUCAAUCGAACAGAAAUAAGGGCCAAAGUCAGAGGUGGGACAAUAAUAAAGGGCAUGACGGUACCUCUAAGUAUAAUCCAGAAGAUACCUUUACAAAAAACUAUACCGAUUCAAGGGUAAGGAAACGGCCACACGAUGACCAUGACUCGUCUCGCAGUGGUCCAGGCCCUGCUAAAUUUCAGCGGAGCGCCACGUUUCGUAAUCCAUCAACCACUACGCCUGAAGCACAAUCAUCUUAUUCAAAUUUUUAUGGCCAACAUACUACUGAGGAUUCUAAACCGAAUGUACAGAACCGAUACGUUUGCAGUACAACAACCGACAUAAAACCUGUGAUGCAAAAUGUGAAGAAACCAGUAUUUGAACUGACACCACAAGAGGCAGCUAUAAAAGCAGCCAACAAAGAUGAAUCAAACCGAGCCUUAGUGGUAUUUGAGCUUGGCGUAGAAUUGUUAAAUUUAAAUGGCAUUCCGCAAGUUGGUAAAAAGAGAGCUGGGUUCGUAAAAAUAAAGAAAGUUAUUCGUAAGCGACUCGACGAAAUAUUGGAUACAACUGGAUUGGAACCGAAUGAGAUGAAGGAUAGGUAUAUUAAGAGAUACCCCUUCAGUGGUGAUCAUCAGCUUGCUGCAGUAUAUUCCAAUCCGCAAGAAGCAUUCCCAGCUUUCCUUACAGAUCAAAAAUCAGAUGUAGAUAAAAAGUUGUUCACGAAAGGUGAUGAAAUAAUAUACCAAGGUCAAAUUUCAACCAAACAACCACAAUUGAAUUCUACACCUGUAGUAAAUCAGUUUACGUCCAACAUUGCAAGUGCAUCCAAUGAAUCUUUUCUGAUGCCAGUCGUUAAGAAGGAGAGACCGGCUCCCAUAAGCUGGGUCAUUAAGACGCCGUUUGCACCAAAGAAACCUCCAAAGAAGGGAUACACACUUCCCACAGCCUUCUUGAUGCCAGAUAAAAAGAGUGUUAUUGCACAAAAGCAGCAAAUGAAAAAGGAAUUUUUAUCGGUUCACGGCUACGAGCUAACACCAAAUCUGAAGAAGGCAUUGGACAAAGAGAUGAAAACUAUAUCAGAUUUGUUCCUGUCGGUGUGUAAGAUCACUAAAGAUAACUUGGACGAGGCUCAGGGGAUCAAGAAAGUCGUCAACACUUUAGGUGAAUGUGAAAAGGCAAUAAAACUACAUUUAAUAAAGCGUUUGCUAGACAUCCGCACAAGUCUGUCCCUUCGCAUUUUCACCUAUGGAAAGAGACCGUCGCGUGAGGCCGUAGCCAAAUUCCUGGCCCCGUAUGGUGUAGUUUCCUUAAAGAAGGCCGGAAAUAAUAAGGAUUUCCUUGUAGCUUCCUGUGACUCGUAUCAGAGUUUUGACAAGCUUUCCUCAUGGGGAACCGUAUCAAUGGUUGCAGGACAAACAACAAUAUCCGUCAAACCUCUGCACUUAACUAUGCCAAUUAAGUAUUGGAACAAACAUCUUGAGAGGGCAGUCUCAGAAUACAACCCUCCUGGAAGUGUCAAAGAAAAUGUAGAAUUUGAUAAAGACCUACACAUAAAUAAUCAAUCAAUUGAUUUAACUAAUAGUGCAGACAGUGUCAAUAAAAGUGGAGAUUCCAAAAGUGUACAGAUGAAUGAAGAUGUGAUUGAAAUUGCAGAUUCAAAUAGUCAAGAAGUAAUUGAUGUCGACGCUUUAAAUAGGGAACCAAAAAUAGAAAAUGAAGACAAAGACAAUGCAAGUGCAGCCGUAGUUGAGAAUAAAAGCGAGAUUGUUAGAGACUGCACUGACAAUAAAUAUGAUAUUAGCUGCGAUCGUGCCAUCGACGAAAUAUCUAUAAAAGACGAUGCCGUCAUUGGAGAAUGUACAAAGGUUAAAAAUUACAAGACCAAUGUAAUUGAUAAUCACGAUUUUACUGAAGAUAUUGAUGAUAUUGAAGUAAAUGAGGAAGACUUAGAAGAUUAUUGACAUAAAUACUGUUGGUAAACUAUUGAAAGACUAACGUUUUUGUUGUGUGAUCGAUGGACGCAGUUUUGUGUUUACUGAAUUCAUAGAUGCAGUAUGAUUUAAUUUGUGGGCUCGGUAUCAUGACUAGUGAUUAUUAUAAUAAUAAGUACUGUAUUUAGUUUCAUUUGAAUUAUUCUAGAUUAAAUCUCAACUAUUAUUAGUAUAGUUUAGUAUUAUUGGCCACAUAAAAUAAUGUUAUUAUUUUAUUCAUCACAUUUACUGUUUUUAUAACACAAAUAAGAAAACUGCCAAGCGGUUUGAUUUGUAAACAGUAUUAGGGUUGAAGAAUGAAAUUACAGGAUGCACAUGAUAUCUUAGUUCUAUGGAAUCCCAACGGGUCAGUAGUAUCACAGGCAUCACG